AUGAGCUUCAGCUACAAUGCGGCCGCAGCCUUCGGAGAGUCGACGGCAGAGGUGAUCGACCAUGCCAAAAGCCCAUUGUCGAGCUUGGUGGACAAGAGAGACGAGCCGGAGGAGCUUCAACGUCCUCUCAUGCGCACACUGCCUUGGAGGAAUUGUGGGCUAACUUAUUUCGAGGCUCUACUCCAAGCCAAGUUGGAAUCAUUAUACCGAUCGAUCAAUGAUGCUACGCUGGGCCUUAUCUUCCUCGGCACACCGCAUCAUGGCAGCGAUAAGGCGACCUAUGGCAAGGUCCCAGCGACUGUGGCGCAGUUUACGACACAUCGACCUCCCCGCCUUGUGACGGCCCUCCAAACGAACUGGGAUGUCCUCCUACAGCUAACUAGCAAUUUUGCCCGAAUCAAAACCCAACACGUUGCUCGUCCUUAG